AUCCCAGGGAGCAUCAGGCACAAGGCGGGGUACACCCUGGACAGGGUGCCAAUCCAUUGCAGGGCACAAGCACAUACACACUCACACACCCACUCAUACACUACGGACACUUUAGACACGCCAAUCAGCCUACCAUGCAUGUCUUUGGACUGGGGGAGGAAACCGGAGUACCCGGAGGAAACCCCCGCAGCACAGGGAGAACAUGUCACGGUGGGAAUCGAACCCCCGACCCUGGAGGUCUGAGGCGAACGUGCUAAGCACUAAGAGACCGUGCACCCAAACCAGAAUUACAUUCAGUGUAAUAUUGUUAACCAAAUGAACAGGGCUCCACAGGGAUCUAAUAACAUUCUGAAAAUGCAACAGCUUUUAACCAUGAAUGAGGCAGUGUUUAUUGUGUCAUGAAAACUUUCUGUCUGCUUCAUUUCCCCCAGACCUCUCAUUCACCUUGAUUCCCAUCCUAUGUGUCUCCUUUUUAUUUCCAACUGUGCCUUAUUGUAUUUGAGAGAGAGCCAGGGUUCCUUGUCAUUGCCCUCGUGCGUUAGAGGUGACAGUCUCGUGCACUGGUGCUGGAAUUACAAAUCUAAUAACAUGAGGACUGGAGCUGCAUUAAAGCCUGGCUUUCUGUCUCGUGCCUAAUCACCGAGCUGUAUAACGGUCUGUGGAUGCAUUAAUAAAUAAAGACGGGCGGAUUUUUUCCCUCCACACUGAGCCAGAGCGCUGAGCGGAUGAAGAGUGAGCGUUAGCGUUGCGCGUUGCCUUUACAGAUGCACUGCUCAACACCAAGUAUGAAGACGAGGCAAACUCUGCGAUCUUCAUCCUACUUGCUGUAGGAUGCAUGGAGAAAACCUGGAAUACCCUAUGACUUUUAUUGCUAGACUGGAAGAAGCAAAAUUAUAUUCCAGCAGUCGAAGAUGAAGAAAAUUAGUCAAGACACCUGACAUAACGCGACAUGGACGUCAUCUGGAGCUCGUCAAGUGUGUGUGUGUGUGUGUGUGUGUGUAUGUGAGUGAGUGUGUGUGAGAGAGAGAGCAUGAUCUGCUUGGGAGAAAUCUAUAAAGUUGACGGACUUGCUUUAUAUUUGGUUAAUUGCGCCAAUAUUCAGUAAUGAUGGAGCGGAUGAAGGCGCGCGCCUGAAGCUAUUUGGAGUCUGAAGAAACACAAGCACCGUCGAGAAACAUGGCUCGCCUCUUCGUUCUACUUAACUCUGUCGCACUGUUGCUUUUUGGCACUGACAUGUUUUUGGUCGGAGCAAACCGCCCACCUGCUCCAGUCAACGUGUCAGUCAUGAAUCUGAGAGCUGAUUCAGCCACAGUGACCUGGGAAGUUCCAGAGGGGGAUAUCAUUAUUGGCUUCUCAGUCCUACAGCAGAAGCAGGAUGGCCACAUGCAGCGGUUUAUCCGGGAGAUAAACACCACCAGCAGGGCCUGUGUGCUUUGGGACCUGGAGGAGGAGACGGACUACAUAGUCCAGGUCCAGUCUAUUGGCCUGUAUGGAGAAAGUCAGGCCAGCAAGCGUAUCCACUUUAAAACCCUCAAGAAGUCAGACCGCUUCCCUUCCAAUAGCUCGAACCAAGAUGAUCCAACUGUUGAAGGUCUGGACAAGUCUAGAAACCUACAAACAGGAGAGAUGAUCAUCAUUGUGGUGGUGCUGCUUAUGUGGGCAGCGGUCAUCGCACUGUUCUGCCGGCAGUAUGACAUUAUCAAGGACAACGAUAACAGUAACAGCAAAGAGAAGGUGAAGCCGUUGUCUGAGAGGAGCACACCAGAGCACCACAGCGGAGGACUGCUCAGGAGCAAGUUUCAUCAGUCUGUGCCAUCUAUCAACAUCAUAGAGGUCUAAUCGGACGAGUGAAGAUGGCUGCUCUUCCCAUUGUUAACA